AUGGGUCUCAAAGGCCUUGUGUCAAGAUUGAAACGUCGCACACCGGAAGAUCCUAUCAGUCAUUCAGGUCCAAAAUCUGGAAGCAGUGGCAAAGCGAUUCUCUCUCCAGCCCCCAAAGACACAGAGAUCAGCCCUAUAUCGCAGAAAUUAACAACUGAUGAGCGUGACUUAUGGCUUGAAGCGCUUGGGAAACUGCCUCACAAAUGGCAACAAGAACUAGAAAAACAGGGCAUGAACCGACAAGGCUCUGAGUCUAUGAUCGACCAGGUCAAAGAAUUUCAAAAAGAGGCUGAAAGACAGCGGGAUAUAAGCCUGGCUAAAGAUUGGAAAGUCCAAAUAGGAGACCAUGAGCUCUCAGUGAGACAAACAACUGUACAGAUCGUCCACUGGGUAGAGAAAAUUGGAGAUGUGGCCAUCCAAUUUGCGCCGACUCCCGGCGCUGGAGGGGUGUGGGCUGUGGCAAAAUCAGUCCUCCAGGGAAUUGAUACCUUUGACCAAGAAAAGAGUGCCUUGCUUUCCGUUGUUGACAAAGUCGCGGGUGCCAUCUUCUGCGGCCAGGUCUACUACGAGAUAUACAGUCCUGAGCGGACUGGGAGGAAGGAUGUCGUGGAUAGACUUCACAAUGCAAUAGUGGCACUGUAUGGGUGUGUGCUGGAACUACUGGUUACAUCGUCCGAUCUUUCAUCCAACACUGCUGUGCAAUUUUGCCAGGCAAUCUUUGAUCCGACAAAGCCAUCUGACAUGCUCCUAAAAUUGGAAACUUUGGAACAAGAGCUUGCAAAAGCGGCUGGCAAAUGUGAAGACACCGCUCAUGCUCACCAGGAAGCUACUUUCAAAAGUUAUCUCCAAGAAGCUCAAAAUUCUCUCAACAGGAUCACUCGUCAUAUGGAGCAUGUCUUCCAGUGGGUCAAUGAUCAAGAACGGAGGGGGCUUCUCGAAUGGGUUUCAAAUAUUCAGUAUGGCCGCCAUCACGAUGAGAUCGAAGAAAGAAGAGAGCCUAAUACAGGUGAUUGGCUCGUUGAAGACGAGAGAUUCCGCGAGUGGAUGGAUUCAACUUCAGGCAGUACUCUGUGGCUUCAAGGAUCUCCUGGAACGGGAAAAUCAUUUUUGACUUCGGCUGUAGUUAAGCAUAUCUCGGACACGAAAGGGUCUCAGAUGGAGGGAUUUGGCUAUUUCUUCUGCAAACAAGACGAGGAAAUUCGACGGAAAGCACUACCAGUGCUUCAAAGUUUAGUCCGUCAGUUUGCUGCCCCAAAAUGUAGUACUGAAUCGGUCAGAAAAAGCCUUCGCGAUGCACGGGAAAGAGCAACCGAUAGAGCAUCACGGCUAAGCUUCUCAGAGUGUCGUCGUCAGCUCGUGGAGUCAUUCAACCUAUAUUCAAGAAGCGUCAUCAUUCUUGACGCCUUGGAUGAAGUUUUGGACGAUGAACUUGAUAUUCUGAUAGAAGCACUUGACGACGCCAUCGUCGAGACUAAAGGCAUAGGCAGAGUGAAACUUUUUGUUGCCAGUCGGCCUGAGAAAAAUAUUGCUGCAAAAUAUGGCUCAAGUUCAACUAUCAUCAUCCAGGCUCAGGAUAACGAAAAAGACAUUGAGAAAUAUGUGACCAACGAGAUGAAUAAAUUUGGAAGGAGGCAUCCCAAAUCGGAUGUUAACGCUAUGAAGGACACGAUUAUUCGAGCUAUUCUUGACAAAUGCGACAACAUAAUAUACCGGGCGAACAAUUUCUACACUAACGAAGAAAACAGGUUCUUGUGGGCUGCCCUCCAGGUAAAGCAGAUUACACAAUGCAACACCAUUGAAUCGAUUCAUUACGCAUUGGAAAAUCUCCCAAAGGGACUGGAUGAGAUGUACGAUCAGAUAUAUCGGAAAAUCCACACCCGGUUUCCUCCGGAACAAGCCAUAGCAGAACGCGCGCUUAAGUGGGUGCUGUGUACUCCCUAUCCACUCACGAGUGAGGAGCUCCUCUCCGCCGCUCGUAUGUGCAUUGAGAAAGAGAACAUCAAAUUGGGGAGUUGUAUCCAGCAAGAGUCCUUGCUCUCAAUCUGUGAGAACUUGCUGGUGGUUGAUACCGAUGGUCGAUGGAGAUACUUUCACCUUUCAGCGCGAGAGUAUCUCGAGAAGACCUAUGAUAUAUAUCAACAAGCACGCUCUUAUUGUGCGCAGGUGUGCCUUCUGUCUCUUAUGAGAACAUUUGGCCCAGAAACGCUUCCUGGAAGUCUCGAAGAUCCAUUUAAUCAGGCACAUCCUUUCUCUUGGCACACCCAGACCUGCUGGAUAGUCUACGUUGUCGGGCAGAUGGAGAAUGACCAAUCUGUCAUUCUGCUUAAGAAAUUUCUUGGUUCACCCGACAAAAGUAGCGUCUUCUACAUUCGAUGGUUGGAUCACCUCUCCGGGCACCAUGUUCCAUUUCAUUUCAUAUUCCUUGAAUAUGGAGACCUUGUCCCAGCUACGACGCCAAUGUUUGCCAUAGCCCAUUUCUCGUUAUAUGAAGGGACUCUCCGUGAAUGGUGCGACAGCAAUGAUUUUGACCCAUUCCAACAGAAUAACCGUGGGGACGAUUUGCUCACAAUAGCGGCCAUGAAUAACUGCGUACCUUUGUGUGCUGCUCUUAUUGCAAAGGGAGUUAACGUCAACCAAUGCCGCGUCAAUAGCAGGUAUGACAGUGUCCUUUCAGCUGCAGCCUCGAGUAAUAGUUUCGAUACAGUCAAAUACCUCGUGGAGGAGGCCAAAGCAGACGUGAAUCUCCCGCCUGAGAGAGGGAAUUGCGGCAGUGCACUAGCUGCUGCUGCGAAGAGAGGAAAUCUGGAUAUCCUGAGAUAUUUUGCGGAGGAAGUUAAACCAGCUGUGGAUCUUCUAGUUCACGUGAGAAUCUAUGGCAAUGUGCUUGCCACUGCUGCCUUCGCUGGUAGACUGGAUGUUGUGGGAUACCUCGUGGAGGAAGCGAAAAUUGAUGUGAAUCUUCAGCUUGGGGAGGAUAGUUUCGGCAGUGUGCUUGUUGCUGCCAGCUGGGGAAGUCUCGUUGUAGUCAAAUAUCUGGUUGAGGAGGCAAAAGCAGGUCUGAAUGGACCACAUGGGGCCAAUGAUGCACUUGUCGCCGCCAUCUUGAGUGGAAAUCUGGAUAUUGUGCGAUACUUUGUGGAAGAGAUAAAAGCAGAUGUAGGUAGCCUGAUUGAGCAGGGGCUCAUUGAUCUUGCACUUGAGACCCAUAAUAAUGAGGAUGCUGCUGUGUUCAGGGAAAUUCUGAAGUUACCCAGUCAUCAAGAGGCAGCAGAAGAUGAGCACUGA